UCAUAGCUAACAGGAUUAACAAUUUAUUGAAAUCUGUUUGCAACUCCCAAGAACAGACUACAAGAACUGGUGGGAGAAAAGAGAGCUUAAGCCCAGCUACGAACAUGUCUCCCAUUGUCCUCCUUCUUCAAGGAGCUUUCUUAGUUGCUGCAGUCAGUUCCAGGCCAACCACAAGGAAGCUUUACGGGGAAGUCACAUCCCCAAAUUAUCCCAAAGGAUACCCCAACAACAACAUCAGUACCUGGGACAUUUCAGUACCGAAGGGCUACAGAGUGAAGCUAAAUUUCUGGCAGUUUGAUCUGGAGCCAUCUGAGGCCUGCCGAUAUGACUUUGUCAAGAUCACAGCAAACAAGAAGGACUUAGGCAGGUUCUGUGGCCAGGUGGAGUCUGAAACAGGCAACCACCCAAGAGACAAGGAGUUUUUGUCCACCAACAAUCGAAUGCGGCUCUUGUUUCAGUCUGAUUUCUCCAAUGAGGAGAAUGGCAUUGUGGUUUCCUAUAAGGGAUUCUUAGCUUAUUAUCAAGCCGUGGAUCUGGAUGAGUGUGCUGAUGGAAAUGAUAUUGAAGAUGCUCCUCGGUGCCAGCAUUUCUGCCACAACUACGUAGGGGGCUACUUUUGUUCUUGCCAGCCCGGCUACCAACUCCAGAGUGAUGGGCACUCUUGCAAAGUGAAUUGCAGCAAUGAACUGUUCACAGAAGCCUCUGGGUAUCUGUCAAGCCCUGGCUAUCCUGAGCCCUAUCCGGCUAACCUGCGGUGUAAUUACAGCAUACGGGUAGAGAAAGGGAUGACCAUUAUCCUCAAGUUCCUGCAGCCCUUUGAAAUUGAUGACCACCAGCAAGUCCACUGCCCUUAUGACCAGCUUAAGAUCCAAGCUGGCAGGAAACAGAUUGGUGAGUUCUGUGGCAGAGUGCCUCCAGGAACCAUUGAAACCAGCAGUUCUUCAGUCGAUGUCAUUUUUCUCACAGACGAAUCAGGAUACAGUCAUGGGUGGAAGAUUUCAUACACUACAGAAAGAAUCCGUUGCCCACAGCCUGUGCCAAACGAUGCCUUCACCAUCAUCAAGGACCCACAGCCCCUGUAUCAAUACCAAGAUUACAUCAUUGUCAGCUGCAAAACUGGAUAUAACUUGAUGGAGGGUAAAGAACAGUUGGCAUCCUUUACCUCUGUCUGCCAAGAUGAUGGAACCUGGCAUCGUUCUAUGCCCCGAUGUCAAAUUGUGAACUGUGGUGAACCUAAAUUUCUGAAAAACGGGGCAUUUAAUUUUGUGUCGUCAACAAAAAAUAACAACUAUCAGUCGGUGAUCAAGUACCGCUGCAAUGAACCCUAUUAUCGGCUGCUCAACAAUCCAGGAAAAGGUACCUACACCUGCUCUGCUGAGGGUUCCUGGAAGGAUCAAGUUAAUCAUGAAGACAUCCCAGUAUGUCUGCCAGUGUGUGGAAAGCCAGACAACCCUGUCGUAGAAGUCCAGCGAGUUAUUGGUGGAAAGGAUGCCCCACGAGGCAGUUUCCCAUGGCAAGCUAUGACGGUCAUCUCUGGACGAGCAGGUGGGGCACUGCUGGGUGAUCGCUGGAUCCUGACGGCUGCCCAUGUUGUGUACCCAAAAGGGCAACAGAAUUCCACGGAGACGCAGAGCCCUGAACAGGUGGCUGAGAAGGCUGAAAUCUUCCUGGGUCACACAGAGGUCACCGAACUGUACAAAGUAGGCAAUCGGCCGGUCCGCAGACUGUUUGUGCAUCCAGCCUACAAUCCAAAGGAUGAGCAUAACUUUGAUGGAGACAUUGCGCUCAUUGAGUUGAGGGAUCCGGUGACCCUCGGCCACGACAUGCUGCCUGUCUGUCUCCCUGACUCAGGAAACACCACCUAUUAUCAUCCAGGUUGGAUGGGGUAUGCCAGUGGCUUUGGAGUAGAAAAAAACAUUCUUGCUAGCAGACUGAAAUAUGCCCCCAUCCCAGUGGGCAACCAGGAAGAGUGUCGGGAGUGGUUGCGAGGAAAGAAGAUCUCUGGGAAGGAUCCAGUCUUCUCUGCCAACAUGUUUUGUGCCGGUUCCCCUUAUGGAGGAAAAGACACUUGUCAGGGUGACAGUGGAGGGGCCUUAGCUGUGCGUGACAUGGAGACUCAGCGUUGGGUGGCCACAGGCAUUGUUUCUUGGGGCCUUGAGUGUGGCAAAGGGUAUGGCUUUUAUACCAAAAUCAUCAGCUACUUGGAUUGGAUCAAGGGCAUUGUUGGGAAGGACUGGGUGUCUAUGCAAAUGACUCAUUAAUCUACUGAAGAAGCAUAAACUAAAUUAUGAUUUCAUGCAUGAAUGGAAAAGACAUACUUCUCAUGUAGCUUCCACUAUUCCUGCUGCCCUUUUCUUUGAUACCAAAUAAAUGGAUAGUUGUGUCUUUUAUUGGCUGGGAGAGGUGGGGGGACAAUUCCUCUUGCCCAGAUUUCUCUUCUCAUCCCCCAGUGCCAUUAGCAGAGAGAAAGGUUCCUGAACAGGGAAAGAUUCCUGAACAGGAAAAAGACGUGUCAUUUCUUCCUUUUCAUUCCCCUCAGCAUCUUGGCUCAAAAGUGUUGGUUUCUUUCUAUCCUCAGUGGGGCCUCUGAGAUGGGGAAUGACUGCACGUUGUAUAAUUUUGUGAAUAUGAGUGUAUCUUUAAGCAUCUGGCUCCAGAAUAUGCCACUAGAUGCAGCCCUCAGGACCAAAAGAUUGCUACCAUAUUUUUUUUAGGAAAAAAUGGCACCUUUUAUUUUUUUUCCAUUUUUUGUUGCAAUAAGUGAGAGAGCCCUUCAUCUCCUCCUAGAAUAAGCCAGUGUUGGUUUAACUAACAGCUUCUACUGAUACCUCCUCUAUCAAAUCCUUAGUUGGUUAACAAAAUAAACUAAAACAGCUAAGUCAAACAAUUAUAACCAUCUCAAAAAGAUUUGUAUAUUAUUUGCAUUAACAGUGGACAGAACUUCUGAUACAAACUUAUUAUAUUGCUAUAACACAAUCUCAGAAAAAAUGUAUUUUUUGUGAUUAAUAAACAUUGGAGCAAGUUAUCAAUAAAUCAAAACAUGUCAAGAACAAUUGUUUAUGGUGAAGAAAGUCGUGUGUGAUAAACUUUGUUGCUAAGAACAUGCAAAACCACAUGUAAACCUGGAGCAGGGGUAUUCCAAUUACAAGGCUGGGAAAAGAACUGACCCAAGUCUAUUGAACCAAAAGGGUGGGAGGUUUAAACCUGGUGCUGACAUUUUUGUGCCUCUUGAUUUUUGUGUUCUGCAACAGGCAGAUCUUCUGGGUC